AUGAGGCAGGUUGCAGCAAUGGAACUGGUCUCAACAUCAGUUGGCAAGUUUACAGUUGAUGUUUUCAACAAGUUCAAUGAGACCAGCAAGGGCAAAAACAUUUUCUUUUCCCCUUGGAGCAUAACAUGUGCUUUGUCUGUGACGUACCUGGGUGCAAAAGGCAAUACAGCAACAGAAAUGGCAGAGGAUCCUGAGCACAAGCAAGCUGAAGGCAUUCAUUCUGGCUUCAAAGAGCUCCUGUCUGCCAUCAACAAACCCAGAAGCAGCUACUCGCUGAGAAGUGCCAACCGCAUUUACGUGGAAAAGACCUUCCCAUUAGUGCCUAGAUACAUACAGCUCAGUAAGAACUACUACAAAGCAGAGCCACAAGCGGUCAACUUUAAGACAGCAGCAGAACAAGCCAGAAAGGAAAUCAAUACUUGGGUUGAAAAACAAACUGAGGGCAAAAUCAAGAAUUUGCUGGGUUCACGAGACGUAGGAAGCGCCACAAAGAUGAUUCUGGUAAAUGCCAUUUACUUCAAGGCAGAAUGGGAAAUGAAAUUUCAAGCCCAAUUUACACAACUGCAACCCUUCCGACUGAGCAAGAACAAGACUAAGCCUGUGAACAUGAUGCACAUGAGACACGUAUUUCCACUUCUCAUCGUGGAAACAAUGAAUUUCAAAAUGAUUGAGCUGCCGUAUGUGAACCGUGAGCUCAGUAUGUUCAUCCUCCUUCCCGAUGACAUCAAAGACAGUACUACGGGUCUCGAACAGCUGGAAAGAGAACUGACGUACGAGAAGCUGGCCGAAUGGACUGAUUCCAAGAAGAUGACCCAAGCUCUUGUGGAUCUGUGCCUACCUAAGUUCAGAAUUGAGGAGAAAUAUGACCUCAGUGGUAAUCUGGUCAGCAUGGGAAUGCGCACUGCCUUCAGCCCCGCUGCUGAUUUCAGUGGAAUGGCUGAGCAGGGAGAUGUGAUGAUCUCCAAAGUUCUUCACAAGUCUUUUGUUGCAGUUGAUGAGAAAGGUACUGAGGCAGCUGCUGCUACUGCGGUAAUUGUAAAUGUAACAAGUGCAUAUGAUGUUGAAGUUCUGAAUUUUCAGGCUGACCACCCCUUCCUUUUCUUCAUCAGACACAACAAAUCCAAAAGCAUCCUCUUUUUUGGCAGAUUCUGCUCUCCUCCAGAAUGA